AUGGUUUUCACCAUUUUCACCAAGAAGCGAAAGAUACAACGAUCGCGGCUGGCUUUGGCUGCUGCGGUGGUUUGCGUCGUGCUUCUGUCAGACCGAGACCGGCAGGCGGUAACAAUUGACAGGACCUUUAUGAUGGCCAACUACAUCGGGGAUGCAAGCUUUGCCUUCACCGGGAGCCUCGCGGCGGGGCUCCAGGGGAUGGACUUGUUGGGCUGCAAUCUGGUGGGUUUCAUCACGGCCCUUGGUGGCGGAACAAUCCGGGAUGUGAUCUUGGGGCGCAUGCCCAUUUUCUGGACCACAAAUUACGACGAGGCUCUUUUGUGUAUGUUCAUUUCUACUGCCACCUUCUUCGGCUUGCCGUAUCUGGCCACGAGAUUCGGCAUCACCGCCGAAGGGGAGUUUGUCUUUUGGACUGACACCGUGGGCUUGGCGGCUUUUGCGGUGCUCGGAGCCCGUGUAGCCGCCUGCUUGCCCGACCACCAUGUCCACGCAGGCGCCUGCGCCCUCUGCGGCUUAAGCACGGCUUGCUUCGGCGGCCUUGUGAGGGACAUCCUGUGCCAGAAGCCACCCAGGAUCCUCUACGCGGAGCACGAGAUGUAUGCCACCCCCGCCUUGCUCGGGGCCUUGGUCUGCGUCGGGCUCAUGCGAAGUGGAGCCGAGACGCCUUUGGAUGUCGAGGGCAUGCUCUUGGGCGCAUGGGUGGUCAUUGCACUGCGAGUGCUCGCCCUGAACCACGGAGUUCGCUUGCCGGCUUUCCCGUCAGAAGUCGCUGCCAAAACCGUGCAGUGCUUGGGUGACUCGGAUCUGGACUCUGCGCAGGGACUUCUCAGGUCAUCAUCCUGA